AUGGAGUAUCCUAAAAGCCUCAUCAACUCUACCGAUUUUCGAACACAUGGUUAUCAUAGUCUUAUACGUUUCUAUGUCCGGACAAAACCCCAAUCCACAUACAUCACGGAAAAGAUCGAUGCAGAACUCAAUCUCCCCAGAUUCGAACAGGGCUUUCACCAAGCAAUUGAACGUGCUCACAUCCGGCAAAAACCCUUCUUUACUCAUUUUCCUCACAAGCCCUUUAGCGGACUCGAGAUAGCCUGCACUCAGCAAGCCGUCGAUCAGCAAGUCACGGCCACGUACAGGUGGAUUAUACCCUUUUUUGCUCAUCUCCUCCAAAAACUCUUGAGCUUCCCUCAUUUUCCCAGCCAAGCACCAUGCAUUCACAAGUACGGAAUAAGUCCUCUUAUCCGGAACACACCCUUUUCGAAUCAUCCUACGCACCAAAGCAUACGCGCCUUGGAAAUUCUUCACCUCGCAAAGAGCAAAAAGCAAGGAAUUGUAAACCUCGAUCGUCUGAGGGCAGUCGAAACCGUAUUUGCCAUAUUGUUCGAUAACGAACGAGACUACGGAUGGAGAUAUAGGGAAAUUCUGGGUUUUCAUAGUGUGUGCCACUUUCCACAUUGUCUCCCAGUGUCGGGUUCGGGCCAGGAUUCGGAGGAGCUCCUCGAAUUCAAGCGUGGUCGGGUCGUAGCUCGGGUGGUUCGUCCGAGCCCAGUUGAAGAAACGAAAACACUCGAUCCCGCAGCCGGAGCAGCUUCGGAGGACUCGAUAGACGAGCUCGGAGUUUACUAUGAUGCGCAUCUUGUUGAGGGUUCGCUCCAUGUAGAUGUCCCGCCUGACGAUGUUGGAUAUGUGGUGGAUUGUGGCAAAUCAUCGUUGGGUACUGUUCGGCUGCUGUUAGUGGCCGGAGUGAGAUUUUUUCUGGUGGUGGUUAGGGUUUUUGCGAACGAUAGGAAGUUGGCUAUGGCGGUAGUGGUUGGCGGUUUGCGAACGGUAUUAGCAAGAUUUGUCCUCGAAGAAAUGGCCCGGGUUCUGCAGCUCCCACCAGGAGUCCACAGCCUGACGGACCAGCUCCAUUUGUAA